AUAAAGCACCCACUCCCCUCGCCGUCACUUUGAACCAUGAUAGCCCACACCAGAGCUUCAACUUCGCCAUUGCCUUUUACUUCACCUUCUCCAUUUCUCUUCUCAACUUUCUCUCUCUAGAAGAUGUUUUCAUGGACAUCAUUCAUACUAACAUUCUCUAGCUUCUUACUCACAGUUACUGCUCACUAUUACAACUCCCAAACAUCAGACUCACCAUCGUUGUCAUCGUCAUCGUUGCCGGAAUGGAAAUCCGCCAGGGCGACGUAUUACGCGGAAGCUGAUCCCCGUGACGCAGUCGGUGGCGCGUGCGGGUAUGGUGAUCUGGAGAGGGGCGGAUAUGGGAAAGCGACUGCUGGAUUGAGCACCGUUUUGUUCGAAAAAGGACAGAUCUGCGGCGCGUGUUACGAAGUCCGGUGUGUGGAGGAUCUCCGGUGGUGCAUCCCGGGGACGUCGAUUAUCGUUACGGCAACUAAUUUUUGUGCUCCGAAUUACGGAUUUCCGGCGGAUGGAGGCGGGAAGUGUAACCCUCCGAAUCCUCAUUUUGUUCUUCCGAUUGAGAUUUUUGAGAAGAUUGCGAUUUGGAAGGCUUCAAACAUGCCAAUUCAGUAUCGCAGGAUCAAAUGCAGAAAGGAAGGAGGAAUGCGAUUCACCAUUAAUGGAAAUGGGAUUUUCUUAUCUGUUCUUAUCAGCAAUGUUGGUGGUGCAGGGGAUUUAAUGGCUGUAAAGAUUAAGGGUUCAAGAACAGGAUGGCUUUCUAUGAACAGAAACUGGGGGCAAAAUUGGCAUUUAAAUGCUGAUCUGAAAAAUCAACCACUCUCAUUUGAAAUCACUACUAGUGAUGGGUUAACUCUUACUUCUUACAAUGUUGCCCCAAAAGAUUGGGAUUUUGGACAAAGUUUUGAAGGCAAACAAUUUGAAUCUUGAAGAGUGAUAAUAGUAAUAUACCUUUUGAGGUCAUGUAUUUAAUUUCAAAUUCAUACUUUUUUUGUUUACCCUAAAUAUGUGAAAUGUUUAUGAGAAUUCUUUUUUGGGUCUAAA